AUGUCGGCCGAAAACUCUCCACUUUUAGCUGGUAACUCAGAAGGAAGAAGAGCCUCCGCCUUUCUGCCUCCAGAGGACGCCUUUUUCCUUACUAAAGAAAAUAAGUCGGCUGACAUAAAUUUGACUCCAUCGGAGCCAUCCUAUUUACCCUGUGGGAUCACGCAAUAUGGCUCGGAAACCUUCAUUAAUGAAUAUGACAAGAUUCCCUUACAAACUCGUCAGGAAUAUGUUAAUAAAAUUAUCGGUAUUAUGUCGACAUGGAAUAGUACAAGUGAGCAGCCAAGGCCACUCAUAUUUCGGCUUCAGGAGUCAGGAGAUAUUACCUUGCAAGAGUCGCUCAUUGAUGUGUCUGGUGAGAAUGCUCCUAAUGAAAAGGAGAAAUUACUCGAUCAAUACGACCUUCACUUCUGGAUCCCGGAAUCGUGCCUUGUCGGAAUAAAUGAUAAAGAGAAAACCUUCCGCCGAGAGUUCUUUGCUGUUGGCUGCCUGAUUUAUCAGAUACUCAAGGGGGAGACGGUCUGGCAAGGUUUUUUGGGCCCCCAAGCACAGAUAUUAUUUGAGAAGGGCGUAUAUCCAUCCGAUAUGAAGGAGCUUUCUCAUUGGAGAGGGAUUCUAUCAUAUUGGAGCUGGGAGUAUGUGGCUGAAGUCAACAAAAAGCUCAAAAUAAAGCAGGGCUUGAAAGUUGCUAAGAACAUUGCUAUUGGCGGUAUCGCAGUAGGAGGGACCAUUGCUUUGACAGCAAUCCUCUCCCCACUCAUACUUCCAGUUCUUGGAUUCGGCGGUGCAGGUGUAGGUGCCGGGAGCAUUGCUGCGGGUUGGCAGUCCGCCAUCGGGAUCGUUGAAGCUGGUUCGAUAUUUGCUUUGUGUCAGAGUGCUGGAGCUGGAGGGGCCGCGGGCGCUGCCGCUAUCACUGCAGUAGCUUUAGGGGGUACUGGAACGGUCGUUGCUGCGGGAGCCGUCGCUGGAGCUUCUGCGGGGAUUGAGAAUAAUGUCCUUAGGGAUGAAGAUCUAUUCGCAUUAUUCUUGCAGGUUGUUAGGAAGGCAUCACAGGAUACGGAUAAAGAUAUCGAUAAGGAAUCUAAAUUGUGA